AUGAAAUGCAAAGCUCUAGGCAGGCAGCGGCAAAAGGUAAAACAAAAAGAAAGAAGAAGAAGAAGAAGAAGAAGAAGAAGGAGGAGGAGGAGGAGGAGGAGGAGGAGGAGGAUGAGGAGGAGGAGGAGGAGAAGGAAAGGAGAAGGAAAGAAGAAGAAUGAAGAAGAAGAAGAAGAAGAAGAAGAAGGAAGAAGAAAGAAGAAGAAGGCAGCAAGCCAGCAGCCAGCAGCAGUCAGCAGCAGCAAUCACACCAACCCAGCAACAGCAACACCAACAGCAGCAGCAACGGAACCCUUCCCCUAA